AUGGAUGCUACUAUUAUUCAGAUAAUAUUCGGGGAGCUCGGGGACCUUAAUUGUAGUUUAGUAGAUGCUCUCCAAGACACUUUUUUGGGGAACGCUUCAUUGUCCUUGCUGAGCACUGAUGGUUUUUUCUGCAAUGCCACAACCGAUGAGAUUGGAACAUGCUGGCCGCGGAGCAGCACCGGGAGGAUUGUGGAGAGACCCUGCCCUGAGUACAUCAACGGGGUGAAGUACAACACAACCAGGAGUGCUUACAGGGAAUGCAUGGAGAAUGGGACGUGGGCGCUGAAGAGCAAUUACUCCAAUUGUGAACCCAUUUUGGAGGAGAAGAGAAAAUAUCCAAUGCAUUAUAAAGUAGCGCUGAUCAUCAACUACCUAGGUCACUGUAUCUCUGUGGGAGCUCUAGUCGUGGCCUUCGUUCUCUUCUUGUGCUUAAGGAGCAUACGAUGUCUUCGAAACAUCAUCCACUGGAACUUAAUCACCACCUUCAUACUGAGGAAUGUUAUGUGGUUUUUGCUUCAGUUGAUCGACCACAAUAUCCACGAGAGCAAUGAGCCUUGGUGUCGAUUAAUUACAACCAUUUACAAUUAUUUUGUGGUGACAAACUUCUUCUGGAUGUUUGUUGAAGGAUGCUACCUUCACACAGCCAUCGUAAUGACUUAUUCAACCGAUAAGCUCAGAAAGUGGGUCUUUCUUUUCAUCGGCUGGUGUAUUCCAUGCCCUAUAAUUAUAGCCUGGGCUAUAGGAAAGUUGUAUUACGAAAAUGAACAAUGUUGGUUUGGUAAAGAACCUGGGAAGUAUAUGGACUACAUUUACCAGGGACCAGUCAUUCUUGUGCUUUUGAUAAACUUUGUUUUCCUCUUCAACAUAGUAAGAAUUCUUAUGACCAAACUAAGGGCUUCAACCACGUCUGAAACGAUACAGUACAGAAAAGCCGUGAAGGCAACGCUGGUCUUGUUACCCUUGCUGGGCAUCACCUACAUGCUCUUCUUUGUAAAUCCGGGGGAGGACGACAUCUCACAAAUCGUUUUCGUUUAUUUCAACUCCUUUUUGCAGUCUUUUCAGGGGUUCUUUGUGUCUGUGUUUUACUGCUUUCUAAACGGAGAGGUACGUUCUGCUGUAAGGAAGCGAUGGCACCGUUGGCAGGACAACCAUGCCCUCCGAGUGCGAGUGGCACGAGCCAUGUCCAUCCCCACGUCUCCGACCCGGAUCAGCUUCCACAGCAUCAAACAGACCACCGCUGUGUGACCAGCACAUCAUCUCCACAACAACAUCUAAGGGAACCAACUCAUGCUGUGUCUCAAUUCAAAUACUCUCCUCAGUACACUGCCAUGUCGUGCAAUGUGAACAUUUGCGCAGUUUGUGAAUUUCAUCCAUGUACAGUAGCGUUGUCUCAAACUGAACACGGCUGCUGUGCUCUCACUGGGAGCGACUAUCGCCUCUGUUAGUUAACCCAAUACAAUCAUGGUGGCUACUUUUCAACUGUAGUAUAGUGUUACAUGUAUUAAAUAUAGAAAAAAAAACACAUGUAUAUAUUUUAUUUGUAUAGUACCGUCUUGACCAAAGCAACCGCAAUUGCGACUGCUACUUUCAUUACGAGUGUCCAGCGUUUAUUUUUGAACGUUAUGAGUAAACCACUACUUUGCUUUUCAUUGGUAUGCUUAUGCACCUAAAA